UAGCAUCACAAUUGACGCCAUAUUUUUCGGCAUCUCACGUUUACUGACGCUUACAAUUCGCACAUACACGAAGUAUAUCAUUCGUUGUUAAACGUUCAGUUUUUGAAGUACCGGCGUAAAAAUGUCGUACAAGGGGCCGCAGAAAGUCCAGAAGGUGAUGGUGCAACCCAUCAACUUGAUAUUUCGCUACCUACAGAACCGUUCGCGCGUACAGGUCUGGUUGUUCGAGAACGUGAAUCUGCGGAUUGAAGGGCAUAUCGUCGGCUUCGACGAGUACAUGAACUUGGUGUUGGACGACGCCGAGGAGUACCAUCAGAAGACGAAAAACAGGAAGCCACUCGGACGGAUUAUGCUUAAAGGCGACAACAUCACUUUAAUACAGAACACCAAUCCCACGGCGAACUAAGGAGAGAACAUAACCUCAACCCGGUUUCCGUUUGGGCGGGCGCCGGGUAAGGCCAGCUCCAAAUAACUUGGGGUCCCUUCUUGGACUGUGGCGACGAGAGAAGCUCUCAGGGAGUUGAUUGUGAAAACCAAUAACUUUUUAAACGUGCGAAAAGAAAUGUGUCGCGUGAUUGAUGACCAUGUACCAUAAUGGACAUUUCGUAUGCUGUCUAGAUAUAAGUUUCUGCUAUAUUAUGAAUCUUAACGAAUGCGAGAUGCGAUCAAAUCCUGUUGUGAAAAAAGGAUCACUGAAUAUUUUAUAUGAACGCACGUCCCAAUAUCUAAUUUAAUUUAUAUGAAUUAAUGAUAGUUGUAACAAUAUGUAGUCUUGUACUGAAAGUGCUUUAGAACACAGUCAAUUUAUUUUGUACGUCACAUUAUAAUUUUUGUGGAUCCAUUCUGAAUGUGUUAUAAUAUGAAAGAAGUAAACACCCAAGAUAAACAGAAUGUAUAUAAAUAAUUAUUAAAUAGUUUCAUAUUCUAAAA